GCUGGAUUUGAACUUAGGUCUUCCUGAGUCUCUAUCCAUUGCAUCACCUAGUCUGGACACCACCUUUUUAAGGAAGGACACUGGCAAGCUAGAGCGUGUCUUGAGGAGGACAUUCAGAAGAUGAAAAGCCUUGAGACCAUGCCACAGGAGGACUUGUUGAUGGGUCUGGGGAUGUUUAGUCUGAAGAGAAGGGGGGGAGGGGCACCUGAGAGCCGUCAAAGACUCAAUUGGAAGAGGAAUUAGACUUGCUGCUUGGCUUCAGAAGCAGAACUAGGAGAAAAUGGGUGGGAAUUUGCCCAGGAAAUUUUGGGUUCCAUGUAAAGAAAAACUUUCCAACAGUGAAAACUGUCCCUAAGUGGAACGGGGCAGUUCAGUGAGUACUGAGUUCCCCAUCCAUCACUGAUGAUUUUGAGUGGAGGCAGGACAAGUCCAUGUCAGGGCACUGCAGAAAGCAAUCUGGGUCAGGCUCCCAGAGUAUAAGGGCACAGAAGUCUUCUCCUCUAACUCCCUAUACUCUAUCUAGUUUCCCCUGGAAGACCUCCACGUGGGGGCUGCUUGUAAAUCUUAUACACAAAACUUUCAUAAACAUUUCUUUUGGGUGGGUGGGAGCCACCAUAGAGCACUGCAGGAAUGGGUCAGUCAGCUAGCAUUUAUUAAGCACCUACUACAAGCCAGGCACCGUGCUAAGAGCUAGGAAUACAAAGAGAGGCAAAAGACAGUCUCCGCUCUCAAGGAGCUCCAUUCUCACGGGGGCAACAAGCUAACAACUACAUCCAAACAAGCUGUAGAUGGGAUAAACUGGGGAUGAUCUCACAGGGAAGGCACUGAGAUAUUAAGGAAGACUGGGAAAGACUUGUUAUUUUGGUAGACGUGAUUUUAGCUGAGACUCGAAGGAAUGAAGGAGGAGAGCAUGAGCGAGGGGAUUCCAGGCUUGGGGUGAGAAAUUCAGGGGUCAGGAGAGUCGCGUGCGAGGAGCAGCCCGGAGAACAACGUCACCGGGACAGUCGAGGACGCAGAGCUGAGUAAGCACAAGACAGGAAAGGGAGAGCAGGAAGGGAGGGGCCAGGCUGUGAAGAGCUUUAAAAGCCAGAGGGGCGGCUGUGCCUUUGAUAACUCCCUGGAGGUAACAGGGAGCCACUGGGGUAGGGGGGAGGGAGAUUCUUGUCAAUCCCGGGGUUCGUGGCCCCUAGAGGCCUUAGGGAAAGCACCCUCGACAGGAGUCACGGGCGGAGCCGCUCACAGUUGCAGCUGGAGAAAGUGGAGUAGAGCGGAAAAGGACGGGAUCGCUCCAGCGGCCCGGGCCCUUUAAGAUCUGGGGAGGGGCGAGACCCGCUCUUCUCCGCCCCGUCCCCCGUCCCCAGGUUGCACCAGGAAGCACUUCCCGCCUCGCCGUUCCCGGGAUCCUGCAGCGGAGCCCCCCGUUAGGUUCCCUUCCCGCCCGCUCGCGCCUGCGCCCUAAGCACCUCUGGCCUCCGAGCUGGCCUGGACUGGGCUCUCCACGUGCAGAAUCUCCGGACUGCUCCGCGGCCAGGAGGGAGGGAGCAAGGGGCCUCCCCACGUGACCGAGCGCGGGCGCUCCCGCCUCCUAGUCCUUUUAAAACUUGGCCUCCGCUCCAUCGUCCUCCUCCGCCGCUGCCUCUGCCCGGGUGCUGGGAGGUUGGAAGCGAGAAGGCCCCCCCGGAGUGGGGAAGCACCAGGCAGUGCAUAGAGCCGCAGCAGGGACUGGCUCUGUGGACAGGCGCGGCUGAGAACAGGUGAGCAGAGGGCUCCCGGCUAUGGCCACCCCAGUGCCUUUGGUCUGCAGCCAGACUGUGAGCAGGGUGAGCUCUGUGCUCAACCGGGAUGUGAAGCAGUUUGGAAAGAAGAAUCUGUUUGAUGAGCAGGACGAGACCUGUUGGAAUUCUGACCAGGGCUCCUCCCAGUGGGUGAUGCUGGAAUUCCCACAGCCUGUCCGAGUGUCUCAGGUGCAGAUCCAAUUCCAGGGUGGGUUUGCAAGUCGCCAGGGCCGUUUGGAAGGUGGCAGGAAGAGUGAGUCUCUGGAGAAGAUUGGGGAUUUCUACCCUCAAGACAACAACUCCCUGCAGAGCUUUCCUGUGGCAGACGUCACACUGGACAAGCUCAAGGUAACUUUUGAAAACAGCACUGACUUUUUUGGCCGGAUCAUCAUCUACCACCUGCGGAUUCUUGGGGAGAAGCUGUGAGCAGCUUCAGUUCAUUGGCCCACCCUGCUUCCUAGACCAGGCAGGACACCCUAGGAGAGGCCACUAGAAGGACAGAGCAGAAGCUGCCCCUGGCUGUGGGCUAGGUGGCCAGGAAGUAGAAAGAGUUCUGGUUUGGGUGAACCAGCUCCCAGCCUGUCUUCUCCCUCCAAGGACCUGGGAAGAGAAUCCCAGAAGGAAAGAGCCUCAGAGGUUUGGUUUAAAUCCUCACAGGAAGCCAGGCUUGAUUAGAAAACAAAAACAUUGUCAAGACAACUUUGAAAGACUUAAGAAUUCUGAGGGUGGAGUAUGCUAUUGGCCUCCUGAUGGAGAGGUGAGAGAUUCGGGAUGCAAAAGCUUUUUUUGGCCUAGACACUGUGGGGAAUUUGUUUUGCCUGACUCUGCGUAUUUGUUACAGGCAUCCCCCCACCCCCAAAGGGGUUUGGGAGAAAGUAAAUGCUUGUCGAUUUAAAAAGGAAAAAAAAAAACCACACUCCUAA